ACGCCUUAUUGGCACUUCAAUUUUCAAAAAAAAAGUCGACUCGUGCUGACUAAACAGUAAUUAUUAUUAUUUUGCCUCUUAAAUCAAGCGGGAAAAAUGUUGAAAAAGGAGCAAGAUAAGGGUAUUGUAUACAGUAACAGAGUACUCGUCGGAAAUUGGUACGAAGCCAGUAAAUUAGAAGAGUACAAGCUUAAUCAGUUUCUGCAACAAAUGAAAAGGGGGGAUUUGAUGCUGGCGCGGUAUCGUAAAAUGUCUGAGAACUUAAACACGCCGACCGAGUUGACUCAGUCGUCUGGUGUUAUUGCUUUUGGUGAUAGGAUCUCUUUAUUGGCUCCUCACGUUCCAGCGUCCGAUCCACCAAUGGAGGGCAAGGAAGGCCUUCUGCUCGGUGGUCGCAUAUCUUCUAACGACAUCAGUUAUUCCCAAGAGUUGGAAGAUGGCUGCGCAGUAGUUGGCCUGCCAGACUUGAAACCCUCUGAAAAGAGCACCUUUGUUAUCACCAGUGCUGACUACUGUAAAAGAGACGGCGAGCCGUUGAAAUUUAACCAGGAAUUUCUACUUACUAUAUCUUCGUCUUUGAAAAGAAAGCCCUUGUAUGUGCGAUACGACCCCAACCCGAUUCCCGGCCUGUGUGGCAUAUACCCUCUAUACCUGAGCAAGCAUUACGUGUCCAACACUCGCUGGCGGGUGCUGCCUUGCCAGUCUCCCAACAUCACGCGCUUCGAGCAGGAAGAUAUUCCUAUUAAGGUGAAUACAGAUGUUGUCAUAAACCAUUGUGCGACGAAUGUUAAUUUGGGAAUAAACGUGGGUUCCUGGCCGAUGGGCUUCUACGGAAAAAUUUGCACACCCUUAAUGAAGACAUGUUUGGACGUUUACGGGCGUGAGUUACCUAAUAAUAUUUGGCAAGUUUACACUCCAAUACCCGAUACUUAAUUGAAAUUUUAUGUAGAUUUAUUGAAACAAUUUUCUAUGCUAUAUUAUUUUAAAUCAAUAAAUAUUAUUUCAU